AUGGAUGACAAGAUUUUCGGGGAUUUGAAGGACGACCGCAUGGCCAUGGGUUUCCGGAAAGCUUUGAACAAGAAAGAAGGCAUCCUGGCCAUCGGGGGCACCAGCGAGAUCUCUAGUGAAGGAACUCAGCACUCAAUCUCUGAGCAGGAGCGCUACGCCUUCGCCAACUACAUCAACUCUUCUCUGGCGGAAGAUCCUGACUGUAACCACGUCCUGCCCAUCGACCCCGAGACUGAAGCUCUGUUCAAAGCAGUGUCAGAUGGCGUCAUACUCUGUAAACUCAUCAACCUCUCUGUUGCUGACACCAUUGAUGAGAGAACCAUCAACAAGAAGAAACUCACAGCUUUCACCACACAGGAGAAUCUGAACCUGGCUUUGAAUUCCGCCUCGGCCAUCGGCUGCCAAGUAGUGAACAUCGGAGCUCAGGAUCUGAAGGAGGGGAAACCUCACCUGGUGCUCGGACUGCUCUGGCAGAUUAUCAAGAUCGGACUGUUCGCUGAUAUAGAGCUGAGCCGCAACGAAGCGAUAGCAGCGCUGUUGGAGGAAGGGGAGAGUCUGGAGGACUUGAUGAAGCUCAGUCCAGAGGAGCUGCUGCUGCGCUGGGCCAACUUCCACCUAAAGAAAGUCGGAAUGUCCAUAUCCAACUUUUCCGGAGAUAUUAAGGACUCCAAGGCGUACUUCCACCUGCUCGAGCAGAUUGCUCCAGACGGCACCAAAGAGGACGUUCCACGGAUUGAGAUCGACAUGAGUGGUGUUUAUGAGAAGGACCUCAGUAAGAGAGCGGAGUGUAUGCUGAAACAGGCCGACCGCCUCGGCUGCAGACAGUUUGUGACGGCAACUGAUGUUGUGAGCGGGAACUCAAAGCUCAACAUGGCCUUCGUAGCCACGCUCUUCAACAAACACCCGGCUCUCACCAAACCAGAGAACCAGGACUGGAAUCUGGAGGGUGAGACCAGAGAGGAGAGAACCUUCAGGAACUGGAUGAACUCUCUGGGAGUGAAUCCUCAUGUCCACCAUAUCUACGGGGAUCUGAUGGAUGCCAUGGUGAUCCUCCAGCUUUAUGAAAGGAUUAAGGUGCCAGUGGACUGGGACAGAGUCAACUUGCCUCCAUUCAAGGGAGUAGGAGGAGGACAUUUAAAGAAGAGGGAAAACUGUGCCUAUGCUGUGGAGCUGGGAAAGACAAAGGCUGGUUUUUCUCUGGUGGGAAUUGGAGGACAGGACCUGUACGAUGGAAAUACAACUCUCACUCUGGCUCUGGUGUGGCAGCUGAUGAGGAGGUACACGUUAAAUGUUCUGGAGGACCUGGGAGAAGGAGAAGUAGCAGGAGAUGAGUUGAUCAUUUCAUGGGUCAACAAGACGCUGGCUGAGGCCGGCAAGAGUUCCUCUAUCAAAAGCUUUAGGGAUAAAUCCAUCGGUACCAGCAUGCCGGUUCUGGAACUGAUCGAUGCCAUCCAGCCGUCCAGUGUGAACUUUGAACUGGUUCAAACAGGAAUUCUGUCAGAGGAAGACCAACUCAACAACGCCAAGUAUGCUGUUUCCAUGGCGAGGAAGAUUGGAGCUAAAGUGUACGCCCUGCCUGACGACCUGGUGGAGAUCAACCAGAAAAUGGUGAUGACCAUCUUUGCCUGCCUGAUGGGGCGAGGCAUGAAGAGGGCUUAAAGGACACACACACACACACACACACACACACACACACACACACACACACACACACACACACACACACACACACACACACACACACACACACACACACACACACACUGACAUGUUGCCUGUGUGACUGGAUUAGACAUGCAGAGAUGAGCUGUGUUGUUUAGUUUUUUUAAAGCGGUUAUUCUGCAUUAAGCCAAAAUAGAAGUAUCACUUUAGUCGUCUUUUCUGCAUUCCGUUGUCAAUAAUCAAUAAUGACACCUGUGUAUGUUAACACAAACAAUAAUGAUCAUGUUUGGGCUCCAAAGGACUUUCAAUUUUCAAAAUGGUUGUGGGAUUUUGCAGAAAAGUGAGACUUCUAGAACAGCUACCUGGUAAAUAUGAGUUUUUUUUAUGAUUCUCAGUUUUGCUUGAACUGAUUAGUAGUGCCACAUUAAAGGAGUACUGCUCAUAGUUAUGAACAUAAGUGUGAAUGUGUUUGUCUAGACUGGGUCUGCCCAGUGCAUUCUAGGAGGGCGUCCUGCCCCGCUAUGACCCUGUUGAGGGGUAAUCCUGUCCAUGAAAUAAAUGCAGACAUUAAGGUUUUUUUUGUUAUGCAAAGGCAGUGUCACAUGGGGAUUUUAAGACAAUAAUCAUUCAAUAAUUCAUUUUAUUUGUUUCUCCUAUUAAUGUUAUUUCUUAAACUGUACUGACAGGACUAACAUUUCCCCGGCUGCAUUGCCUUUAAUCUCCCCAUGUGUCACACCUCAUGAUCGUCCUGCUGUAUCUCCCAAUGUGCCAGCCAAACCACCAAAUGAGCAUUAAAUGUUCCUAAGCCAUAAAAUGAUAUUCUUUACUGAAUACCUUUUGGCCUGUUUUUUAUACUCCCAAAGCUGUGCAGGAUAAUAUGCACAGGAUAUAAGUGCAAUGUUUUCACACUGGAAGAUCUUUAACUCAGUAUAUUAUGAAACAACAAAUCUGGGGUAUUAAAUUGUUUAAAAAAAUGCAUAAGAACCCUUAAAAUUGCUUUAUUUGCACCUUCAAAAUUCCCUUAAAACACAACCCUAAAACAGUUGAUUUGAUAAUUAGUGAGAAUUUAUUUUCUACAUUGUGGACAUUGCAUUUCUAACUUGUCAAAGCUGCUACUGCUUAAUUCUCAAUACAACAGAAGACAUAACAGAAGAGAACCUCUACAUUUCCAUGAGCUGUUAAAACUGGUCCAUGUUUAAAAUGUCAGGGAACAUGUGUUUGUUGCUGACAAAUAUUGUUGUCCUAAUGUCGCGGGUGCAUUUGUGGAUAUGUUAAAAAGUGAUCCAGGUUUGAUGCUGCUGAUGUUCACAUUCUACUUUUGUUCAGUUUUUUCUUGUAUACAUUUUCGAUUGGCCCUCUGGAAAGCCACUGUUGGCAAAAAUGUUGCUUCACAUGAUAGCAAUACUUUUAAUACUCAGUGUGUUUGAACAGAUCGAUUAUGUUCAAUCAAAUAAUUGUUCCAUACAUGUUUGUCACUUUUUGUCUUGAGGGCGACUUGAUAAUUCAAUAUUAGAGUUAUAAUGGACUGUAGAUUUACUUCAAAGUAUACCAUCAUUAAAAAAUGUUUUUACAAUUUG